CGGCCGCGGCGGACACUUCCCUCAGAGGGACUGUCCCGUGGCACCCGGUGGAGCCGAGUAGAACGUGGAGCGCCGGGAGCGGCGAAUAUGGACGACUACAGCCUGGAUGAGUUCCGUCGGCGCUGGCAGGAGGAGCUGGCGCAGGCCCAGGCGCCGAGGAAGCGGCGACGGCCCGAGGCUGCCGAGAGGCGGGCUCGGCGGCCGGAGGUGGGCUCCGGGUGCGGUGAACAGGCCUCGGGGGACCCGGCGCUGGCCCAGGGUCUCCUGGAGGGCGCGGGGAGGACCCCGGCGGCGCGGGCGACUCGGGCCGAGGGGCAGGACGUGGCGAGCCGCUCACGUUCUCCUCUGGCCCGCGAGGGCGCCAGGGGCGGGGAGCAGCUGGUGGACCAGCUCAUCCGCGACCUGAAUGAAAUGAAUGAUGUGCCUUUCUUUGAUAUCCAACUGCCUUACGAAUUGGCAAUCAAUAUAUUUCAGUAUCUGGACAGGAAAGAACUAGGAAGAUGUGCACAGGUGAGCAAGACGUGGAAGGUGAUUGCAGAGGAUGAGGUGCUGUGGUACAGGCUGUGCCAGCAGGAAGGGCACCUUCCGGAUAGCAGCAUCUCUGACUAUUCUUGCUGGAAGCUCAUCUUCCAAGAGUGCCGAGCCAAGGAACACAUGUUACGAACCAACUGGAAGAAUCGCAAAGGUGCCGUGAGCGAGCUGGAGCACGUUCCUGACGUGGUUUUGUGUGAUGUGCAUUCUCACGAUGGCGUGGUCAUUGCUGGAUAUACAUCAGGGGAUGUGAGAGUGUGGGACACCCGCACCUGGGACUACGUAGCCCCCUUCCUGGAAUCAGAGGACGAGGAGGACGAGCCUGGAAUGCAGCCAAAUGUCUCCUUUGUGAGGAUAAACAGCUCGCUGGCAGUAGCAGCUUAUGAGGAUGGGUUUCUUAAUAUUUGGGAUUUAAGGACCGGAAAGUACCCUGUUCAUCGUUUUGAGCACGAUGCAAGAAUACAGGCACUAGCCCUCAGCCAGGACGAUGCAACCGUGGCCACAGCUUCUGCUUUUGAUGUCGUGAUGUUAUCCCCCAAUGAGGAGGGGUACUGGCAAAUAGCUGCGGAAUUUGAAGUUCCGAAACUGGUUCAGUACCUUGAAAUAGUUCCAGAAACCAGAAGGUACCCUGUGGCAGUAGCCGCUGCUGGAGAUCUGAUGUACCUGCUCAAAGCCGAAGACUCCGCCAGAACCCUCCUUUACGCCCACGGCCCGCCUGUCACAUGUCUCGACGUCUCGGCCAACCAAGUUGCUUUUGGUGUACAGGGUCUGGGAUGGGUGUAUGAAGGAAGCAAGAUCCUGGUGUAUAGCCUGGAAGCAGGACGCUGCCUCUUGAAGCUGGGUAACGUUCUCCGUGACUUCACGUGUGUCAACCUCAGCGACAGCCCUGCCAACCUCAUGGUCAGUGGCAACAUGGACGGGAGGGUGAGGAUCCAUGACCUCCGCAGCGGUAACAUCGCCCUGUCGCUCUCCGCCCAUCAGCUCAGGGUCUGUGCUGUGCAGAUGGACGACUGGAAGAUCGUCAGUGGAGGCGAGGAAGGCCUGGUGUCCGUGUGGGAUUAUCGGACGAACCAGAAGCUGUGGGAGGUGUAUUCCGGACACCCUGUGCAGCACAUCUCAUUCAGCAGCCACAGCCUCAUCACGGCCAACGUGCCCUACCAGACGGUGAUGCGAAACGCCGACCUGGACAGCUUCACUACUCACAGGCGACACCGGGGACUGAUCCGUGCCUACGAGUUUGCGGUGGACCAGCUGGCCUUCCAGAGCCCUCUCCCUGUCUGCCGUUCAUCCUGUGACGCCAUGGCCACUCACUACUACGACCUCGCACUGGCCUUUCCCUAUAACCACGUUUAGGGACGUGCCUCAGUUGGGAGCAAGGAGAAAAAUGGGAAGAACCAGUUUUAUCCAUCUUAAAACUCCAGGCAGCUCUGCACAGGUGGUAAACGUUUAGGAGAAGAAAGCAGCUCAGGGUGCCAUGCCUGACGGCACGUGUCUCCCCGACCCCUGCACUUCCCCCGGUACCUGGGGCAAGCUGGCGUGUGCUGGGGCUCAAGUCCCACAUGCUGCCAACUCAAACAUAGCCUCCUUCCCCACCCAGCCGGCCACCCUGGCCUCAGCUCCCUCAGGACGCCUCGGGGAUCUCGCUGCGCAGCCCUAUACGGUCCCUGCUUAGCCAGCUUCUGUGUGUCCGCCCUCCCAGCUCCAGCCCUGCAGGCCGUCUUUCCGGUCUCCAGCCCCUUCUCUCUUUCCCUCCAAGGGUGUUUGGAUGUGCUUGUCCCUGGCCUCCAAGGCAAUAACCUCCAUGUCCUUUUCCCUGUAUUUACUUAGGGUGCUCUUCUGUGACAUUUGCCACCACCACCUUCCAGUAGCAAGCUGGUAGAGCAGUACUUUUUCUUCACAGCUUUUACCAUGGUUUAUAAUUAUAUACUUAUACAGUUUAGUCAUUAAUGACUAUUUUGCUUACUAUUGUGUCUGAUAUGUGAUACAAAGCAAAUAUUUUCUAAAUAUUCAUUGACUAAACAAACAGCCAUCAAGAUGAAACAGGACAGGAGAGAACUGUUCAGUGUGAUACAGAGCUGCCAUUUCCGAAGUAUUCUGGAAGCAAGCCAUUGCCUUACUCUUGAUUUUCAACAGUUCUAAACAGCAACAGCAUCCACCUAAUAUACCUUCAGAAUAUCAAAGCAAAAACUGAUAGAACUACAAAGAGAAAUAAAAUUCAUUCUCACGAGAGGCAAAUCAGUGAGAAAAACGUAAAGAUCUGGAGGAUUUACUUAAUAUCACUAACAAGCUGGAUCCAGUAGAUGUGUAUGGAAUUUCAAAUACACAUAGACCAUGCACAAAAAACCACCCUGUACGAAGGCCACAAAGAACAGCUCAGAUGCACAAAGAUUCGCACCACACAGGCCAAAUUAUAGAACCCCCCAACCCCGAGACACUGCACCCUAUGGGCUAUACCCUCAGGCAGGGCCCUGCUUUUCUAGGAAUUGACCCCAAUGCAGAAUAGCGAGAAAUCGACAAAAAGCAAAAUAAGACAAUUCCAGACACUCCUGAAUUUACUUGGAUUUAAAGAGGUUAAUAAAAACAAACUAUAAACUCUCUAGACUGGGCUGACAGUAAAAGCACAGAAUACGAAACCCAGGGGAUGGGGCUGGGAGGGGCUGGCACCUCAGCUCAGAAAAGGUAGCAGCAAUCCCAAAGCAGAAGGCAGGGGUUAAACCAGGAUAAAAACAGACAUCAACGGAAUCGAAAACCACUAGUUAAUAUAAAGCCAAAAGCAGGUUUUUUUGUUUGUUUUUUAGAUGGGGUCUCUCUCUGUCACCUAGACUGGAGUGCAAUGGCCUGAUCUCGGCUCACUGCAACCUCUGCCUCCUGGGUUCAAGCAGUUCUCCUGCCUCAGCCUCCCGAGUAGCUGGGAUUACAGGCGUCCACCACCACAACUGGCUAAUUUUUGUAUUUUUAGUAGAGACGGGGGGUUUUGCCAUGUUGGCCAGGCUGGUCUCAAACUUCUGACCUCAAAUGAUCCGCCUGCCUCGGCCUCCCAAAGUGCUGGGAUUACAGGUGUGAGUCACUGCACCCAGUCCAAAAGCAGUUUAAAAAAAAAAAAAGACAAAAUAUAUAACUCUUGUUAAAACAAAAAGGUACAAUGGUCUACGAAGAAGAGAAAAGGUACCUGAGGAUGCAGGAGAAGUACCUACCACAUGGGAACCGUUUGUCCACACUCAUCCCAGAGAAAACCGAGUCCUCUCAGUUGCACAUGUGUAUGUAUCAGCGGGAAGUGCUUGCCAUUACUCCAAAGCCUAGAACCUUCACGGCAUGAAGGUUCUGGAAGGUUUUUCAGAUUGCUUAAGAUACGCAGCCAUUCCAUAUUCAUCUCCAACUACAUAGGGGAACGGAGCAGAUAGAGCUGCGACUGGGAAGCGUCACCUCCCCGUCCAGAGCACUUUCUUUCAGACCCCGCCUUCCUGCAGACAGAUGGACUGGAGGGUUUUCUGCUUCCUUUCAACCAGAUGACUUCUUAAGUGGAGACAGCCUGUAGGUAGCAAAUGCAGGAUUUCGUUUACUUUCGUCAUGUCAUGUGGUGGUCAGACUGCUCACUGGUGACCUCACUUUAGAAGGUUUUCAUCAAGCCCCACCCUUUCUCAUAGUCUUAAUGCAUCUGGACCACUGGGGAAAAUAUUUUUCUUUUCAAAAAGCAGCCCCUUCAGUCUGCGUUCCCAGUUCAUUUUGCAGGGGCAUUCACCCUUCCUAGUUUGCAGCAAUUAAAGAUAACGGAGUGUAAAGUCAUUAGACCCAGAAUUAGAGCAGCCAGCAGCUGGUCCAGUGUAAAAAUGUCCCAAGUGUAGCCCCUCCCACCGCAGAGCCUGUUUGUAACGUACCUGCCAUUCGUGAAAGUUGCCUGGGUUUUGUAAAGGAGAAUUUUUUUGGACCCAAGCUGUAAUCUUCAAGCACGCCUACUUCAGGCAGCGUUUUCUGCUGCAAACCUCAACAUCCUGGAAUCAAUCUCACUGACAGGGAAAGGAUAAAUGCUCCUUUAUAAGGCAACAUUUAUCCAAAUUAAGCCCCUUUACCUUUAUCCAGACCCUUUCACAAAUUCUGAGUUUUUAGCCAAUUGAUCCUUGACUUUCCUUCUUUAGUCCUCAGGGACACCUCCAUCCCCGGCUCCCCUAAAGGUAGAAGAUACUUGAGCAUGCUGCCGGGGAGCUGGGUGGUGAAACACCGGAAGAUCUCAUGUCGCAUCUCAAAACACUGUCGGACUUGCUUUCUGCUUUAUGAUGUCCGUAGUUGUUCUGAUAUUAAAUGCUUUGAAUUUA